ACUAUGUUAAAAAUAGUCGUCCAAGAUUGAUUUACGCAUUAAAUUGUUACUCUUGGAGAGUGAAAAACUUGCAUAUAAAGUAAACCUCAAGGAAUCUUUUUUUGCAUCUAUAUUCACAUGUUUUUACCAUUGACCAUUCUCUUACUAAUAGGUCACGUUAAAUUUGAGAGGCUCACCAGUCACCAACAUUCGCUCACUCAGGCCUCGAUGCCCGGCCUCAUUCUAAAUUCCAUCCAGUUGCUUAAUGUCAUCUGUAUACUUAUUGGUUAUGUGUCGCAAAAUGUGUAAACAUAAAAUCUAACGUUUAUUUAAAUGUUGUUUAAUAAACUCAAAUGGGCUCAGAGAGUGAAUCUUAUUACGAUGGGAGUCGUAUGUUUUCAUGGAUUACUGAAUUAUCUGGGAUCCCUAUAGAUUUGAUAAAUUUCACAGUAACUCAAGUGGUGGCUGUAGUUUUGGCACCACUAUUCAGACAUAUUUUGCAUCCCUCACGCACAAAGCCAGAGGUCCGCCAUGCUUUUGGUUUGGUUGUGGGUGUGGUCAUGGGAUAUUUUGCUUUUGGCAGACAAGCCGUACACUUGGCGGGGUUGCCAGCACUGUGUUACCUAAUAAUCCGCACUCAGGACCCCCAGACCAUGCAGAGGUUGGUCUUAGUGGUUUCUAUGUUUUAUCUGUCCUGCAUACAUAUACACCGGCAGAUAUAUGACUAUGGCUCACUCUCAUUAGAUGUUACAGGUCCAUUAAUGGUUAUUGUACAGAAAGUUACAAGUCUGGCAUGUUCCUUGAAUGAUGGCUUAACUUACAAGGAAGAUGACCUAUCUGCCAACCAGAGAUACUAUGCUGUCAGUAAGAUACCGUCUGUGUUGGAGUACUUUGCGUACAUUUUCCAUUUCCAUGUCCUAAUGGCUGGACCUGUGGUUUUCUACAAGGAUUACAUAGAAUUUGUAAAUGGCCACAAUAUCUUAAAACAUUCUUCGGGAAUUGAUAAUCACAUAGAUAGCAACUUAAGAAGUAGCAGGCUUAUGUUGGAGCCUUCACCCAAAUUAGUUGUAAUAAAAAAGAUAGCAGCAAGUGUGUUGUGUGCUUUUAUAUUUGUGUCAUUCAUCACGUCAUUUCCUAUUAGCAAAAUAAAAGAUGACGAUUUUAUUGAGAAAAGAACAAUAUUUAAUCAGCUCUGUUACCUUAGCAUUGCCACAUUGCUCGUGAGAUUCAAGUAUUACCACGCUUGGCUCUUGGCCGAUGCUAUUUGUAAUCUGUCAGGUCUCGGAUUUCAAGGUUAUGCACCCGACGGAAGUGCAAGAUGGGAUCUGGUGUCCAAUGUCGAUGUUAUACAAUUUGAGUUUGGAUCUAGUCUCAGGGAAUCAAUAGAACAUUGGAACAAGGGGACCAACGUCUGGCUACGGAUGCUAGUUUAUGACCGUUACAAACAAUAUCGAACUGUUCUGACCUAUGCUCUUUCAUCGUUUUGGCAUGGAUUCUAUCCAGGAUACUAUUUAACUUUUGCUGGAGGUGCACUCUUCACUUUUGCUUCUCGGAGUGUAAGGCACAGUAUUAUCAGAGGCUGUUUCCAAGGCACUCCAGCUCUAAGGGGCUUAUACAACUUCCUUUCUAUGGUUACCACUCGCAUUAUAGUCACCUAUAUUACGUUUAGUUUUGUCGUUCUUGAGUUCUGGCCCAGCAUUCGAAUAUACACAAAUAUGUACUUUUGCUUCCACAUUUUGGGGGUAGGAGCAAUCGUAGUACUGCCCUACUUUCGCUCUGAGGCCCCUAAACAUCCAGCACCUCCGUCUCCUAGGCAACCAGUACCCAUCAAGAAUCAGUUGUCUAAAGUUGCUUCUAACGGUGUUUCGGUUGGAAUUCAGGGUUGAAUCUUUCACUUCAUAAUGUAUUGUGUUAAAGUAUUGUUUUAUUUUGUAAUUUUAUUUUUUUAGAAGAGUAUUCACUGUUAAAUAUUAUUACCUGUGUUACUAAAAGGCUGUGAAUUUUGUACAUAAUAUAAUCGGACAAAUUUUGUUUAAAUUGACUUGAUAUAUUUUGAUAUAAUCUUUAUUGUUACAAGAUUUUAUUUCUUAAACCAUUAUUAUUGAGUGGUGACAAGUAUGUUUGUUUAUUAUUUUGUCACACACAUUCUAAAUCAAAUUAAUUGAAACAUUGUUUUAAAUCUUAAAUGAGUCCAAAAAAUGCUUCCUUAUUAACAGUGCUUAACUAUAACACAUUUUUUGGUUAUUUUUAUUUGUAAAGAGAGCUGAUGACUUAUUUAUUUAGCUAGUUAUUACAUUUCCUUUUCUUCCCUCAGACAAUAUAUUUAUCAAAGUAAGUCAGUUAUAUGGAAAAAUUUUACCCAAAAGGAAAAUGUAUUUAUAAUUAAGUAGUUCACAAUAACAUAUUCCAUUUUUACCAUUCAUCGGUGAAGCUAGAAGCUAGAUAUACAGCACCAAUUGGUGACACUUCCCUUGACAGCAAUCAGAGAAGGUCACGGUAAGCACGUGUUAGUGUUAGUUCAAUCAGUCAGUGUCAAGGCUCUCACAGCAAGCUAAACUGAAUUUUAUAAUUUUGUAACAUUGAUGCUGUUAACGCACACACAAGUUUCACCACUGCAAUUGUUUUCUCGCAAACUACGAUUCAUUUCAUUACUAGCAUAAAUUUCACUGUACAACGUUCCUUUUCAGUAUUAUUUUUGUUUACGUAAGGUAAAGGUUGUAUUCUUUAAGUAUUUUUAUGAUGAAACUCUCUAUGGUAAUUGUAAAAACUGUGUGAACUAUUGUAUACAAUCCACAUAUUUUAUGCUGAAAUUGCUACACUGGUGAAAUAUUUUUAAAAUUUUCUAAUAGUAUUAAUAGUUGAUAGCUUCAGUCUUGUCAUUAAUUUAAGGUGAUUGGUUCAAAUACUAACUUGUAUAACAUGUGGUAUCGGUUGACUAUUUUUUCUUAGCAGAUUAGGUGUAGGAUAGGAUUCUUGAAUCAAAUAUGGAUUUUACUCCAUACAUUGCAAAUAAGAAAUAAUUUUAAUGAAAGUUUUUGCCCAAGUUUUAUUAGGAAAAGCUUUAGAUUUAAAAGAUUAUGGAAAGGACAUGGCUUGGUUGAGUGCCUAUGGCAGAGGUGAAAAAUUUAAUGCAUUCUUAAAUAUUGAUUGGCAUUAUAUUGGGUUUUAUAAGUUUCAGAACAUUAAGAAACCGAAUCAAUUUCUGCUAUGAGCGGUAUUGAAUUAAUAAUACAAUUUAUAACUCGCUAUUUCCUUUCCAUGAAACAGUUUCUACACCUAGCAUCAUCAUUAUAUAAUAACGUGGUGCUACAGUAGAGUAAAACAAUACACUAUCAGUAAAUUUUAUGAAUCCUUCAUUCUAUUCAUAGAGUUGAAUAUGCUAAAGGUUAGUUAGUUUUAGGAUUACAACUUAAAUAGUUAAGACUUAUUUUAAAGUAUUAUAUUGUUUUGUGUACAAGUUACGUUUUAUGUAAAUAUGUCUUUAGGCAGAAUGAUUUAUGUAGCAUUACAUAUGCAGAAACUGAAAGCUUGAGUCAGCUUUUAAAAACUUGACUCAUCUACAAUGUGACAAAUGCACAAUUUUAACAGAUUUGGAAGAGCAGUAUUAAUAUCAAAACAUCAUUUUGAUUUUAUAAACAAGUUUCUUACAAAGCUAUUGUACAGAGUUUUUAAAUAAAAUUGUGAGUUUACCAAAAUAUAUUCAAAAUGAAGAUAUUCCCAGGUCUAAAAAUUAGGGUAUCACGCUAAUUACCAUUGUUCUUAAAUUUGGAAAAUGUACAAGGUGUAUUUGAAAAGUAAGCAGUAUGGCAAACAUUUAUAAUGAAUUAUAUUUGUUGCAAAAUUGUUAGAUGAAAUGCUAAUCUGACAGAUCUCCUGUUUUUGUUACAAUAUUUGUUAAGUUCAGUACAUUUUUUAUAUUUAGGGUACAUUUUUGAAUUUUGUAUUCAAAAGUAAUCUUGCAAUGUAUCAUGCAGCCAAGUAUUGUCAAAUUAUUCUACUUUGUCGUCUUUUCACAAGAUCUUUGAACACUCAAAUCCAGUUUUGAAAUAUAAUUGUCAAAAAAUAAUUGCCAAUUGAGAGGCCAGAAUAAGUACAAUCUACAAAGUCCACAGAAAACUAUGCUCGUACAUUAAAACAAAUUGUUAAACAGCUCACCCACUUUCAGUGCCUGUUGUUUAUAUUGGAUCAGGGAGCCUUUUUAACACCAUUGAAAACCAAUGGUUCGGUAUUGAAAGAUUGUUAUUAGCAAGAAGACAGUUUAAAACACCCUGUGAAUCUCAUUAAGAAUCAACUGUCUAUCUAACUCUUGUCUUACUCUUUUCAUACAAAAUUUGUCACUAACAACAGAGAGAUGGGUACUCAUCUUGAAUUUCUGUUUCCCCUCGACUAAACACUUCCAUAUAUAUUCUACUAAUUCAUUGAGUUUAAACCACUUGUAAUAUCCGGCCAAAGAUGAGGGUAUAGUAAUAUAAUUAAUCAUAAUAAUUUUAAAAGUUUUCUCAUUUUUAACACUCUCAUAUAUGAGCAUGUCAAUAUACCUUUAUAGAACCUGACACUAAUAAUGUAACUGACGUCAAUUUAAACCUGGAAACAUUGAUCGGGUAACCCCGAAAGUGCGGUCAGCACUGAAAGUGAUGAUUCGUAUUUGAUUGAUAAAAGUAUUAUUAUCAGUCACAACCAUUAUUAUAUUAUCCAUUAAUCGAAAGCCUAUGAGUUGUUUUUAGUUUUAGUUUAAGCAUUGAUUUUCAUAAAUCCUGUUUUUGGUUGCCAAUCUGUGUGAUCUUCCCAGAUGUGAAUUUGUUGUUAACUUCUGUGUUGUGGAGAUUUAAAUUCUAACAAAUAAUUUUAUUUUUCGCUGUCAUUUUUUUAUCCAAAUUGUGCAGUUUUAUCAUACACUGUUGAUUAUAAUACUUCAGAAUGGGUAAUCCCUAUAGAUCAAGUGAUUUUCAUGACAUUCUAGUAGUGAAAUGUGUCAUGACUGAUUUUAUUAAGUCUAUGGUUUGUUGUUUUCUUAACAGGUUUUUUUUCUUUUUUUUAGUAAAAAACAUGCUUCUACACUGUUCUACAUCAUAUAACUUCAUAGAAAGGUAAAAAAGACACAUUAAUUUUCCACAUUAACCCUUGAGUUGAGAGUCAUUCAUUUUUUAAUUACAAGGGUAACCGCUGUAGUGGCAUUUGCUCAGAAUUUACCAUUAUGACGUCGGCAUGAUUAUUUUUUAUAACAUCAGCACAAAUUUAAAAAAUUCUUAUUCUUCCUUCUGAACAGCUAUGAUUCAUUAUUGUUUGUCAUUGUUUCUCAAGAGUCGCCAUUCUCAUCUGCUUACUGAGUUUAUAAUUACUGUGUUGUUAUUGUCGUUCGGUAUAAGAUUUAUUUCAGUGGUUGAAUUUGAUAGAUUUAUUACCUGAAGUGAAGUGAAGUGAAGUGGUUGAAUUUAUACAUAUAGUUUGAUUGUGGGAGUAACAAAAUAUAAUUAUGUAACUGUUUAUUUGUAUUACAACUUUAUGUAAGUUUUGGUGUAAGCAUAUCAAAGUCUAUCUCACUAACCCGUGUUUCCAAAUAAGGUGAUGUAAAUCGUUUGUUUUCAAUGUCUAUUUUAUCACUUUUUUGUACUAGUUAUUUACUGCAUAUUGGACAUUUUUGAAACAGAAGUGUUGGUAUUUUGCCAGUAAGCAUAUUAAUGACUUGUUUUGAGCGCAACCCAUAUGUUGAGAUAGGCCUAGGUUUGUGUAGCUUACCAAAUAAUUUUUUGCUGUAAAAACCCACACAACUAUAUAUUUUUUGACUCUUUUCUAUCUUUUAGCUAUUUUUGAAUUAUAAAUUUCCAAUGUAAUGUCACCAAAAUUACUUAAAUUUAAUUUUUUUUAUUUCAAUUUUUACUUAAUGUAAGAAAUGUGUAAAUCAAUGAGUUAUAUUUAUCAGUAUGUUAUAUUAUUCUACAAACAUUAAUGAAAGUUGGUAAAAUUUGCCACUUUACACUUUUUUCUGUAAACAUAAAAUUAUUAAAUUUUCUUUUCUGAACCUUAUAAUUCUUUAUAUUUUGGUGUUCAUAGCUAAAUUUCCAACGAUGUGCUUCUUUUGGAUUUUAAAACCCCUUAUAUUUUAUUAUGAUGUGGAUACUUGUAUGUAGUAUAUUUUUUACAUAUUAAAUAAUAGAUACUUUCUGUUUGCUGAUUUUCAACUUUUCUUCAAACUGAUGUAAUUAGUCUUAUUCUCUGAUUUUUAACAAGAAAAAUCAUAUAUAACACCAAAUGUACAUUAAGGAGGAUAUACAACUAGCAUUAUGGAUGCUGACCGGACAUAGCUCUCUUAUGAAACAUCUGAUGAAAGUGGGUCUAAGCCAGACUGAUGAAUGCAGACUCUACGGAGAGGCAGAAUAAUCAGCGCAAUAUAAAUGGCUAAAUUGUCCUGCCAUUUGCAAAAUCGGAAGGUGCUUAUCUCCUUGGAAGAAUAUCAGAGAACAGGAGCCCUCAAAUCCUAUUGGCUUCUGUAUAACCCUCAGAUUCUGAAUACCAAAAACUAAGUAAGGGAGAUGCUUAUAUAUACACAUAUAUAUAUAUAUAUAUAUAUAUAUAUAUAUAUAUAUAUAUAUAUAUAUACACACUCUGCAUAUAAGGUUUUAGAUCAAAUUUAUAAAGGGACCCUGUAAAACCUACAAAAUACCGUGCAAAAUGUAGAAUUUCUUAUAUAUGCUUCCAGAGUUAAAUUUAUUGACAUGCCUUAUGGUUUCUUUUAAACAUGUUAAGGUAAGAAAAUAUCUGAGAAGAAACAUGAUCAUGUCAUAUUUUUUACCCUUUUCAAGCUGUACCAAAGCUAAUGCAGCAGAUAAUUUCUUUCUAAGAGAGAAUUUCUCUAAUCACAAAAAAUCACAUUUGCUUAUAUAAUGCAAAUUGGCUCUUGACUCCUGGACUAAAAGCUACAUAUCUUGAAAUGUUUGGUACUUGGAUAACUUUGAACUGAGCUGCCCCUUUACAAUAGUUUUUCACAUUUAUGAUAUAUUGGUAAUAAUGGUCCGUUUCUAUCUGAACCCAUGGUUAUUCUGCUCUUUGCUUUGUGUUAUCUAGGAGAAAUAUAUCAAUUUUUUCUUUAUCUUCCUUGAAUGACAAAAUUGUGUUUGUUUUGCGUAAAACUUGUGUUUGCAUCUUGUGCUGCUAUCAUUAUUUGCAACUGACUGUUGCUCACAAUAUAUUUUCAUAGUUUUACCACUAUUUUUAUUGUUCUGUAUUGCUAAAAUGACAGUUCAAGUUGCUGUUACCAUUAUUAAUUGCAAGUUUGCAAAUGCAACUUAAAGUUUUAAUUCCAUAAACCUCAUAGACAUACUAUUUAUAACAUUACCCCACUAUAAAUAAGCUUUACUACAAAAAUAUUCAGCAGUUUUGUUUUAAUAAAUAAAGUGACACUUGUAACCUCCAAGUGACACUCCUAAGUAAUGUUGAUCUUAUGCGUGCUCAUUUUAAAAUUUGUUAUAGCGAACAAGUCAUGAUUUAUCAAGUAAUUAACUGUAGUCAAAAAGAGUGCCUUAAUUCAGUAAUUUUGCUAUAUUUUUAAUGAUACCUUUUUUAUAAAGUAAUGAAUGAAAGGAAAGUGGUAAAAGAAAUGAUCCCUUGAUUCAGUAAUUUUGCUAUAUUUUUAAUGAUGCCUUUUUUUAAAGUAAUGAAUGAAAGGAAAGUUGUAUAAGAAAUGAUGAUCCCUUGGACAUUUUGUUUGUUUUGAUCGUCUAUUCAUCAUGGUUUGUUUCAGCUGUAAAAUUAAUUAUUUGGGAAACAACUAUUUCUUUUGUUAUCAGUGGUCGUAUUUUAAGUUAUAUUACUUCAUAUAUGCAGUUUAAUUAGUAAAUUCGUUAAAUUUUAUGACAACAUUUAAAUUCUAAAUUUAUUAGGCUUGUAAUAUAGGUCAUUAUGCAGUCUCUAACUUUAAUUCAUUUAAAGCAAUAAUUAUAAAUAUACUUUUAUUUUGGAUAUUGUGUUCCAAGUUUUGGUGUAACAUAAACGUAUAAAAAUAAAUUACGAGUAUUAUAUGUUGAAAACAUUUCAUCAAUAGUAACAAAUUUAAACUUUUUGUACUAUCUGCUGCUGUGGACUAGCAUCAAAAUGUUUUCAAUAAAAAAUGAACAAUACUGCAUUUUUAGAAACUAGAUCAAAUUCAUAAUGUUUUGGCUAUCUCAGAUUUUAAAUUUUGUUACAUUAUCAUUCUGGGCUUCUUAGCCCUAACUUCGCCUGGUAAAAUAAGACUUCUUUACUUUACAUUCUAGUCAAAUCCAGUUCCGCCAAUUUUUUUAAGGAAUAAAAAAUUAAAUUUGACUAGAAAAUGUUAUAGCUAUAAUGUGAGAAAUAUUUCAUCCAUAAUUAUCUACAUUCUUCUGAGAAAAUUAUGUAAUAUGUGUUGAAGUUCAGAAGUGCUUGAGAAAGAAAGAAGACAAAUAUACAGAAACAUUUUCACAAUGAUACCAUCGGAUAAUAAAUUCAGUGACACGUUUGUUAUUGAUGAAGCUUCUGUAGUUGAUUUUCUGGAUUUUCCAGAAUCAAUUGGUUUUUAAGUAAGUAGAAGUGAGUGUGCCUCCUAACGACCAAGACAGUGACAAUUACAAUGAGUUGACAGGAGAUAGUGGGCGAUGAAAUCUCACUUGAUGGAAAUGACAUUGUAAAUAGUUCUGAUGUCAUAAAUGACGAGGGAUUAGUGAGAGCAACUGUUGAAAUUACUGGUAAUUUAUAUUUAAAUAUUGCAAAUGAAACCGCACUCUCUGAAAAAUAAUAUACACCAGUAUUAGAAACCCCUCAUGGUCCAGUGACAGCUGCAAACAUGGAGUGAGUGUAAGCUUACUGGUAGACAGUUUUCAUUUACUGGCCCUGUUGGUUUACAAUAUUACUUUGUUGUAUCCAACUCAAUGGAACUUUAUCAACUGUUCACAAAAGAGGAGGUUCUCGACCUUUUGUUUAUAGAAACAAUAGAUACACCCAGUAUUUAGCUAGCCGUGUAAUCAAGAGAUCGAUGAUAAGGUAGUGGAUAAAUGUCACACAUUCAUACAUCAAAAAAGUUUACACAUUUUCAAAACAAUGAUGACGAAGAAGCUGAAGAAACGAAAGUUAAAAAGCUUGUUGAAUUAGUUAACAAGCUAUCUAAGCAAAUAUUGUUUCCAGAUGGAAGCAUUGUCAUACAUGAGACAAUGAUCCCGUGGCAUGGACGUUUUAUUCUACAUCAGUAUAACCCACAGAAAGCUCACAAGUAUGAAGUAGAGCUUAUAAACUUAGUACACAAAAAGGGUAUACAUAUAAAAAGAAAGUUAUGCAGGAAGAGGAGACAACCAGAAAUUUUGGCCAUGCACAAAAAAUCAUGAUUCAUCUGAUCUUACAUCCUCUUGGCUUGUUGUAUGCAAACAAUUUUUAUAACCAGCAUGGGUCUAUCUGAACAAUUGGUAAAAACCUAUGUGUGUAGCACUUUAAGAAUCAGCAGGGAAAUGCACCAGAAGUGACAAGCAAGAAACUAAAGAAAAGGGAAGUUUUGCUGAAGAAAAUGAGAACAAAGUUGAGGUGAUAAAAUGAAUACAUUAAAAAAAGAUAUUGAUGGUAUCAACACGAGCAGAGGACUCUGGCGCCUUGGUUCCAUCAUUGAAAAUGAACAGAAAACGGAAACCCAUUAUAAAACCCACAGCUGUUCUAAAGUUGGAAUAACACCAAAAAGGAUGUAGACAUUUCAGACCAAAUGUCUUCUUAUUACACUCUCUUAUGCAAGAGCAGCAAAUGAUACAAGGAGUUAGCGGUAGAAAUACUGCAGAACCUGCACUGAUCAUUUUGGACGAUGCUCGUGAGCAAAACCAGAAGUGGGAUAUGCUAAGAUAGGGAAGAACUGAUAAAAAACCUUACAUUAUCUUCAAACUCUGAUCUAACCCCUGACAAAACCCCAGUAAGAAUCCUGCUGAAUGCAGUACUACGGGUCCAGGGACAACAGCAGCUCAUACACUUUCACCAAGCGAGACAGAUUGGCCCAUACAUCAAGAAAGAGGUGUCGUUUUUGUUAUGAAGGUCUUGUGGAUGAAUAGGGCACUAAAGAAGCAAGAAAAUUUAUAAUUAUUUGAUUUACAACACUUGUGCGGAUACAUUCAUUUUCAAAAUCACCUUGCUGCAAGGCUUCUGUGUGCUUUAGUCACUUUGUCCAGAGCAUCAUGAACCAAGUUUCUCAGCAUUGUUUAUUUAAAUGUCUUAUUAUUAAAUGCUACCUCUCCCUUCACUGGAAACAAUAUGACAUCCGUCUGAUGUGUGCCGGAAAUCAGGAAAACACAAAUAAGUUUCAAAUCGCCACUUAUUCAGCGUCAAUGGGCACUGUUGAUAAUAGAGAGGGAGAAAGGGGGCUGUUUCUUGGAAACACUUUGAGUGAUCCAUCUGGUGCUACCACUACAGCUGGCUGGUACGACUUCCGUUUCCAGAUAUUUCACCAGAUUUUCACUUUUCUGACAUCACCUAUUAUAUAUUGUGUUUAAACUUUAUUGGGUGUUACAGAAAUCAGUUACAUACUUGUAGAUUGUAGAAGAAAGUGCAUUCACAGUAUAGAAAUUCUUCUGCUGUACGACGUUCUCAACUAUUACCAGUUUUAAUAUUUAAAUCACCUGGGUGUGAAAAUAAUUUUACAAAACAGAGUUAAGGCCAAUUAAGCCCAAUUACUAUGAUCUAAUGCAUUCAUAGUAUAUUAACUAAAUUUUAGGUUACAAGAUAUUACUGAUCAAUGGUUGUUCUCAUCACUUAUAAAAGAAAGGUUUAAACAAGUAUCUACUAAAUAGCAGAGAUCAACAGUAAUCAAGUUCCUAUUAUAUAAGGUUCCAAAAUAAUGUGCUGGCUACCCCAAAAAAAUAACUAAUUCUUAAUAAGCGAUUAGUGCGGCCACCAAAACCAUGUUUAUGCAAGUAUUAGUUAUGAAAUUAAGAAGCUCUCUUCUUCCCUCAAAAUUUACAUCAAUAUACUACUAAAACAAUCUUGAAUACAUUUUUAACAAAUACCUUUUUUACAUGGGUUAUCCGAUGGCAUAUAGAACCAGCAACAAUUAAUAAACCAAGUAUUUAUUUAAGUUGUUUAUAGAUUGAAUUGCAUUGACUGUGAACAUUUUUACAUAGGUAAAAAGGAAAGAACGCUUAAAGAGCACAUUUCAGCCCUUAAUAAACCUUUACAGACAGUCUAAAGUGGUUGAGCAUCUGAACAAUAGCAACCAUUGUUAUACAAGCAUAGCAGAUAGUAUGGAAAUAUUAGAUCAUUUCCACAAAGGACAAAGAUUAAAUAGAUUAUAAGAUAUAGAAAUAAAAGGCCAUUGUACAAGUGAGAACAAUAUUUUAAAUGAAAGAACAGCGCCAGGAAUCAUCCCAUUUAUGACAGGACUUCUAUAACAGAAAUACAAACAAAGCAGUUGACUCAAGUGAGAUGUAACUGAUAAGUGAUGUUUUAAGUGUGGAUGUGACUUUGAUUGGAAGGAUGUUGCCAUUUUGGAUCUUGUCCUCACUUUUACUGGAAGCAUCACAACUUUCUGUACAUAGAGUGUUAUACAACUGCAAGUACUUUGAGAGUUGUAAAAGCUUGUUUGCAGCUGUCAAGCUGUUGUAGAUCCACAAGUUUUCUAACUGCUUUUAGUACAGCAAACAUAUUACCCAUCAUAUAAUACUCGUACCAAAUCUGUCAUGUGAGACACUGAUAGAUUCUGUUUUCUCUCUAAAUAGGGAAACAAUACGUACAUUUUUUCAAGCAAUAAAUCUUAAUCUUGUCUUAUUUUAUAUAUUCUUAAAUGUAUACAUUAAAGUAUGCUAUCUUUUCAGGUAAGAGUAAAACCAUUUUAAUUUUUAUAAUUAAUAAAAUGUUUUGAGGUGUUUUCAAAACAAACCUACACACAAGACUUGGAACGUAAUUGUAUUUUUUUAUAACUUUACCUCUCAUUAAAGUAUAUACGUUCAAGCAACAAACAGUAUUUUUUAUUAAAUUUAUUAAAUGCACUUUUUUCGGAAAAAAUACUACCUGCCACUGAACAUAAUUUUCUAAAACUGUUAGGUGUUUGUUCAGUUAUGAGCUUUUUGAUUUCAAGGAAAACUUGAAACCAUCUGAAACUUAUCAUGAAAUUUAUUAUUGUAAUCAUAGUGAUAGGUAUGUUUAGAAAAAAAAUUAAAGUAAAGAUUUCUUAUUUUAAAGUGGGUGAGACAAUUUAAUGAAGUUUUCCACCAACAAUUACUCAAUAAAAAUUACUCCAUGUGGUUGAUUGUAGGAUCUGUCUUCGUCCAAACUUGGUCUUUUAUUUAUACUGUGACACUUCUCAGUGUGAAGCAAAUUAGAAUAAUAACAAUGUCACAAAUGCAGUUAUAAAUUAUUUCUAUCUUCGUUGGUGCUGAAUUUGAUUCAGGGAAUGCUUCUAAAGCUUGUUUCAUGGCAAAUUUCUCAACAAUUGUGGCAACUGUCUUGAAAAGUAGUUCAGAAUGUAUACUUUUUAAAGAUGAAAAUACAUAAUUUUGUACAACACUUACUUUUAUAUUACAAAAUACGCUGCUUACUUUUUAAAUAUGCCGUUUAAUUUAAAAUAAGACGACUUUUUAUUAUAUUGUAAUAAUAGUAUUACUGAGUGUAGGACAGUACAUUAGAUCAGGAACAAUUCAAUGUGAUGUUUAACGGUUAUACUUAUUAACCAAAUUACAUGUUAUACUUUCACUUAAGUAUCAUCCAAAUAAAACAAGUUAUUGUCCAUUA